GAGUCUGAUUAUGGUCAUUUCUCUUCCCGGCAAUCUGUCCAGCAGGGGGGCAGCGUGUCUAACUUUCCUGACAUAUUGACUUUGAGUCAGCUUCUUAGUGCGCUGCGCUUCAGUGAAACCUAAAACUGUCCCAGCGCAGGGACAGAAGCUCGGGUACUGAGGUGGGUGUUGCAGUACUGGACUGGCAGCGAACAGUCCCGGGGCAGGUCCUGCUGUUGCGUCGCCAAGAGUCCGGAGGCUGAGGUUUGGACUGGACAUUUCUGUGAAAGCCUCCAAAGCUCCGUUUUGCCAAGGAGAACCUGGGGAGAAGCGGAGUCCGCGCAGAUUCCUGACGUUUUGUCUCAGAUUCCUCACACUUCGAUGGAUCUAAGCCACACCUGAAGAUCAUGUGGAUAGGUUAACUUAUUAGGAUGUAAACGUUAAGUGAGUGUUCAGAACUUCAUGUUAUUUCCUCUGGGGGCUGAGGAACUUAUCGAGAGUUUGACGUGUCUGUAUAAAAGAGAUGCUCUUCCCUCCUGAUCAGGGAUUAUAAUACUUUGACAACGGAAGUGCUGCCGCGAUGAAGUUGUGGAUGUAAACUGUUCACCCACCACCAAUCUCGUCUUUCUCUUAUCGUUCGCCUCGUCUGUCUAGGAGCAGACAGUGAAGUGGAUCUCCUCGGCAGAAGGCAUGCUCUGAAACGCAUCAGUGGCAGCUGACCCUGCUCACUGUCUGGGUUCAAUUUUAAUUAGCUGAUUACCAGCCACAGAUGCAGUAAAGGCGCGCCUGGAUCGCGGCUCCACCACUGGAUCUGUAUCCUUCCCGCAGUGAGUGUUACUUUCUUCGACACCUCGCCAGAAUGCGGAGGGCUUUUACACUCGGCGUAGCUCUGAUAUGUCUGCUAACAUGGUCAGGUGAAGCCGACAAACAGACUCACCUCAAGCGGUCACUGCACAGACGCGCAAGACUCGGACGUGUCCAGUCGGGAGCAGCCGACAAAGAGCCCCUCGUCGGACGUGUGCGUCCUGGGUUUGGUUCGGCGAUCGCGGUGCACGGCUCCAGGGACGGGGCAGAUGUGCAGGCUGACGAGGAGGGUGUGCCAGCUUCCGCCCGGGCAGGUUCUGUGCAGGGCAAGAGCGCAGAAGGUCAGGGUGUCGUGCCAAGGAGAAGGGGGACCGGGCAGAUCGGCUUGCCCCGUCAGCUGGCCAUGCUGCAAGAUGAGGGCACACCAGGAGCGAGAGCCAGGGUCACCCGGAUGCCCAGCAGCGCCGGGUCACCAAACCUGCUGGCAAGUUUCGCAGGGAAGAACCGCGUCCUGGUGAUCUCAGCGCCACAUGAUUCAGAUGGCUAUUACCGACUGAUGAUGUCUCUACUGAAACCAGAUGUUUACUGCGAGCUCGCCGAGAGACAUGUCCACCAGAUUGUCAUGUUUCAUCAGGAGGGGGAGAUGGGGGGCAGGGUGAGGAGGAUCACCACUGAGGGGAAGGUGAUGGAGGAGCCGCUGGACACAGCACUCAUCCCCAGACUCAUGAGCUUCCUAAAACUGGAGAAAGGUAAGUUUGGGAUGGUGCUGCUGAAGAAGACCCUGCAGGUGGAGGAGAGGUACCCUUACCCGGUGAGGCUGGAGGCCAUGUAUGAGGUGAUUGACCAGUCCCCCAUGAGGAAGCUGGAGAAGCUCAGACAGAAGGGCUUUGUCCAGAAGUGUAAAGGAGCAGGUGUGGAGGGCCAAGUGGAGGAGGGAACACUCACAGUAGAUACACCAGUCGAAAGAAAACCAGGGAAGAAGAUAUUAAGAAAGCCCAUGACAACAACCACACUUGCCACAACCACCACCACAACAACUAAACGACCAACCACAACAACUACAGUGACCACCACAACAACUACAACCCGGCCCACCACUACAACCAGAGCAACAACUACAACAACCACCAAACCUACCACUACCACCACCAGAAGAACCACCACAACCCUCCCACCCACCACCACCACCACCACCACCCAGAGACCAACCAGAGCCCACACCACAGCCCUGUGGCUCCCAGCCCCCAGAACAACUGUUGAUCCUUACUACUACAACCGCAGAGAUAGGGAGAGAUACCCUGCUAAAACCACUCCAGCUGGAGAUAACCGCACUGACAAAGACAACAGGGAUCCACACAGCCGCAAGCUGGUACCUGCCACACAUAAACCCUCCAGGAUCAAACCUACCAGGAAGAAGAACGGGGGAGAGAAGGUGCUGACUAAUGAGUAUGAGGACAAGUAUGAACCCAGCAAGCCAACAGUCAGUGACCCUGAGGAGACAGAAACCUUUACUGACAUCAGUCCCACCAAGAAGGUCAAGGGCAGGCACGAUAAGCUUGAUAAGAAGAAGAAAAAGGGUGACAAGGCUGCCAAGAAAGCAGAGAGGAGAGGAGGGAAAGCAGGGAAAGAGGGGAAGAUCGGUGGAAAGAAAAAUGGAAAGAAGAUGUUAAAGUACACUGAAAAAGAUGACUACCCAAAGCCCACUAAGAAGCCAACUCCCCCUCCGAAGGGGUCUCUGGCCUCCUUCCUGGAUUACUUUGAGAACAGGAGGCGGCUGCUGCUGAUUACGUCCCCCAGUGAGGAGAACAGUAUGUAUGUUCAGCAGAGGGAUGAGUACCUGGAGUCUGUGUGUGAAAUGGCCAUCAGGAAAGUUUCCAUCAUCACCAUCUUUGGCUCCCUGACCAACUCCACCAUGAAAAUUGACCACUACCAGCUGGAAAAUGACAAGCCUAUGAAGGGUCUUCGUCAGGAGGACCUGGUGAACCAGGAUCUGAUCACAGAGCUGAGGAAAGAGUUUAGUAUGACAUAUGAGGACUUCUAUAUGGUCCUCACCGACACUGACAUUAGAGUCAAGCAAUCCUAUGAGGUUCCCAUCGCCAUGAAGGCUGUGUUUGACUACAUCGACACCUUCUCCUCCCGUAUCCGAGAGAUGGAGCAGCAGAAGAGGGAUGGGGUUGUCUGCAAGAAAGAGGAUAAACCCAGAUCCUUGGAAAACUUCCUCUCCAGGUUCCGUUGGAGACGUCGUCUGUUCAUCAUCUCCUCCCCCAGCGACGAGGAGUGGGCCUAUCAGCAGCAGCUGUAUGGCCUGAGCAGCCAGGCCUGCAAUCUUGGUCUGAGGCACAUUGCCAUUCUGAGGUUGGUCGGAACAGAGCCGCUGGAUAUGGGUGGAGUCUUGGAACUGUAUCCUAUCAAUGGGAGUGCUACUGUGGAACGUGAAGGGCUGUCAGCCACCCUGGUGAAGGACAUGAGGAAUUACUUCCAGAUCAGCCCGGAAUACUUCUCCAUGCUUCUGGUAGGGAAGGAUGGCAAUGUUAAGUCCUGGUACCCCUCACCCAUGUGGUCCAUGGCUAUCAUCUAUGACCUGGUGGACUCUAUGCAGCUGCGCAGACAGGAAAUGGCCAUCCAACAGUCACUGGGUAUGCGCUGCCCUGAGGAUGAGUAUGGUGGCUAUGGCUACCAUCAACAUGGAUACGAACAUGGUUACCAGGAUGGCUAUCACCAGGGCUAUGGUUACUAAUGGCUAACAUAUUUCCUACCCCUUCCUCCAGCAGGCAGGUGGCUCAGAUGAAAUGAGGUCCUUGAAUGUUUUGUAGCACUUAGUGAAAGCCUUAAAACUGUUGCUUUCACCUAUCCAGUUCUUUGAUAUAGCAUGUAGCAUAGUAUGCUGCAAGUGAUGGUAAUUUGCAAGGGGCUUCAGUCAGAGCCAGUUAGUGUGUGCUGUGUAGAUGAGCCAGGAGGUUCAGGGAUCUGUUGUUUACUUAGUUCUUGAUUUAUGGAUUCAAACAAGUCGAUUCUGACUUCAGACAAAGAGUGUUUUGCACGUUUUGCAUUAUAUUAUCUGUCUGCUUCACUGGCCUCUCAGGUCAAAUGUACUUAUUCAUGUUAUCAGCACAGUACUUUAUUUUGUAGAUAAUGGGCUAAAAUAAGACAUAUAUGUAUUUAUUGGACAUCUGUUGCAUUUGAGGUGCAUUUAUCAAGUAUUUUAUGAAAAGAAGCUGUCACAUUAUUUCUCUUUUGUAAAAUUUCUGUUGCUACAUAAUGUUCUUAUUUAUACUCAGUUGUUCAAUGCGAUUAAACAUUUGUUUACUUCCA